GCAGCCUCACUCUCAGUCUAAAAACCGCGGCCGUUCCCCUCUUCCACCCACCGGAGACCUAUUUCCCGGCGCGGCCGCUGCUUCCCGCAACAUCGAGCUCCCCGCCUCGCCGACCCACCCCGGCAGCCUCGCUCGCGCUUGCCGCCUCGUCCAGCACCGGAGGCAACCAGCGCGCGAUGGACCCUGGCUCUUCUUCCCCGGGGGCAUUCCGCCGUCCUGGCUUGCCGUCGCCCCAGCUCCUCGAGGUAUCCAUGUCUUCGCUAACUGAUGACUUGGUGGUGGAGAUCUUGUCCCGGCUACCGCUCAACUCCUUUUGCCGUUUCAAAUGUGUCUGCAAGUCUUGGUGUGCCUUGUCAUCUGAUCCACACUACCGCAAGAAGUUCCCAAGAAAUCCCAUUGGUAUGUUUUACCAAAUACCUGAGUACCGCACUGAUAUCCAUCUUGCCAGGCUUCCCUCAAGCAACCAAGAAAUUGACACUACACUUAGCUUUGUGCCAUGUUAUGAGGACCUACAGCUUAUGGGUUGCAGCAAUGGCCUACUUCUUUGUUAUCAUGGUGGUAUUAGAACGUAUUUUGCAGAUAUAUCCCACGUUAUUGUGUGCAAUCCGGCAACUCAAGAGUGGAUGUCACUUCCAAAUACUGAACCUGGACCGUCAAGCUCUGGUUGUGACCUUGUGUUGUGUUUUGAUCCAUCAUGGUCUCAACACUUCCAUGUCUUGAGCUUCCAGUUUUUGUCUUCCACGGUUGGUGAAGCCUUCACUGAAGUUAAGAUAUUUUUUUCCGAGAAUUUCAUAUGGUCUAGUUGUCGCUGGAGAAUUGAAACUAGAUUUCAGGGUAGUCCGCGCUUCCUGAAUGGGGUGCUGUAUGUGAAUGGUCUAUUGGAUCAUGUCCUUCUGGCAAUCGAUGCACCCGACCCAUGUACGCGGUUGCUUAGUCAGAGGAUCAUUCAGCUGCCAGGAUUUCCAAAUGAUCUGGGGGUGUUUAGUUGGUGUAGUGGGUGUCUUUGCCAAUCAUUAGGGGUCUUAUGCUACGCACAACAGGAAUUUGAUGGUUGUAUGAUGCGGAUUUGGAGUUUGGAAGGCACCGACAGUUGGGUGGUGAGGCAUCGUCUAAGUAUGAACAAUGUAUUUGGGAGGGACUUGUUGCUCCGCACUGAUCAUAAUGGAUUUCGGCGUUUCGAUUACGACAUCUUUGAUUUUGACUUGGGGAGAGAGCUAGUUAUCCUUGUUGACAGAAUUGAUCAUAAGAUCAUCUCAUUUAGCAUCAGUACUGGAAAAGGCUCAGAGAUUCUAAAGGUUCCAGAAUUCGGUUUUCUAUAUGGAAGUCAACUCUACGUGCCAUACUAUGGCAAGUUUCCAGCUUCAGUGCUUCAAAGAGCUGAAGAUGAAUGGGAGUAGUAACCAUAUUUACCCUAUGAAUGCUGUAAUCUCUAGGUAUCUUUUGUACAUUAGCUGUACCAAACAGCUGUUAUACUGGAUUGUUGGCUUUGCUAUGUGAUCUCUAUGAAUGCUAGCAUAUUUAUCCUAUGAGGCGGCAGCUUGAGAGUGCAUAGCCAUGAUUUACUUA